AAAACGCCAACACAAAAACUGAAUCGAAAAUUUUAAGAAAAAUACCAGACGAAAAAAAUAAGCCAAAUUAAAUACUCAAAAACAAAAAAAAAAUAAAAAUAACAAAAAUAAAUCUCCGCUGUGGAGUAUAGUAUACAAAAACAAAAUUUGAAAAUAAAAAUAUGUCAUCGCCCAGAAAUUCUAUAAAGAAAAAGAGCGCGGUCACAGCGACAAAAGCGACAACAGAAAAAUCACAACAAAAGCAACAGCCACCUGCUCCAGAAAGCAAAUACACAAAGACAAGGGAACGCAUCGUUGACGAUGUGCCUCUUCCGCCUGCCCACAAACUCACCAUGGACGAGGUGUACGAUGUCAAAACGGGGAAGCCGAAUUUUGAUGCCAUGCGUGCGUAUUUCUUGCAAGAAGGCCGAAUGGAGGAGGCUCCUGCGCUGCGCAUCAUUAACGAGGGCGCGGCCUUAUUGCGGGCUGAGAAAAAUAUGAUUGAUGUUGAAGCGCCGGUAACGGUGUGCGGCGAUAUACACGGUCAGUUCUUUGAUCUCGUCAAACUAUUCGAAGUUGGCGGCCCACCAGCUUCGACUAGGUAUCUCUUUCUGGGUGAUUAUGUCGAUCGGGGAUAUUUCAGCAUUGAGUGUGUGCUUUAUUUAUGGGCCUUGAAGAUAUGCUAUCCGACGACACUCUUUCUACUGCGCGGCAAUCAUGAAUGCCGUCAUCUUACAGAAUAUUUCACAUUUAAGCAAGAAUGCAAAAUUAAAUAUUCGGAAGAUGUUUAUGAGGCCUGCAUGGACGCGUUCGACUGUCUGCCAUUGGCGGCGCUGCUAAACCAACAGUUCCUUUGCAUUCAUGGUGGACUAUCGCCAGAAAUUUUCACUCUAGAUGAUAUAAAAAAGUUGAACAGAUUUAGGGAGCCACCUGCUUUUGGACCUAUGUGCGACCUGCUUUGGUCUGAUCCAUUGGAAGAUUUUGGUAAUGAAAAAAACAGUGACUUUUUUUCUCAUAAUUCAGUGAGAGGAUGUUCCUACUUUUUCAGUUAUGGUGCUUGCUGUGAAUUUCUGCAAAAAAAUAAUUUGCUAUCUAUAGUACGUGCUCAUGAGGCGCAAGAUGCGGGCUACCGCAUGUACCGCAAAAAUCAGGCGACCGGGUUUCCUUCGCUGAUCACCAUCUUCUCAGCGCCCAAUUAUUUGGACGUCUACAACAACAAGGCAGCUGUACUUAAGUAUGAGAACAACGUUAUGAAUAUCCGACAGUUUAAUUGUUCCCCGCAUCCAUAUUGGCUGCCAAAUUUCAUGGAUGUAUUCACGUGGUCAUUGCCAUUUGUGGGUGAGAAGGUCACCGAGAUGCUGAUGAAUAUUCUCAAUAUUUGUUCGGAUGACGAACUGGUGUCCGGUCCGGACGAUGAAUUGGAAGAAGAGCUGCGCAAGAAAAUCGUUCUUUUACCAAUGAACACGAACAAUGCAACGCCACCAGCGGCGAAACCAGUUUCUGGAGUGUCGGCGCUGCGUAAAGAGAUCAUACGAAACAAGAUCAGAGCUAUUGGCAAAAUGUCUCGCGUCUUUUCGGUGUUGAGAGAGGAGUCGGAGUCGGUACUGGCGCUGAAGGGGCUUACAGCAACUGGUGCUAUGCCGGUGGGUGCUCUUUCUGGCGGCAAGGAUUCACUGCGUAAUGCGAUACAAACAUUGGGUGCCACGCAGCAAAUCACUUCGUUUGCCGAGGCCAAGGGUCUGGAUGCGGUUAAUGAGCGUAUGCCUCCCCGACGUCCAUUAAUGGUGGGCGGUGGCAAUAAUAAUAACAACAACAAUAGUGAUACAACAAUUCACAAUAGUAGUAAUAAUAAUGGCACAAGUAAUAAAAGUGCCGACAUUAAUCUCGGCAAGAAGGUUGUGAAACCGGCGACGGUGCGCUCCACCAGCUCAACGGCUAGCAAAUUUUAAUAGACUGUAGUUAAUAGGUUUUUUAACUAUCAUUUAGUUAUCUAUAUGCCUUAAAUAUUAAAUGCUCAUUUUUAUUUAUUUCUGCAUUGAAUUUUUUUAUCUUGUAAUAUGUUUGAAUAACUUAAAUUUCAGUUAAUUUGGCUUAGAAAAAAUUUGUACCUUUGUUAUUUUGCUAAAAUAAGAGAUCGUUUACAGGUAGCACUAAAAUAAUUUAUGCUGUAUGAGAUACUUGACAGAGAAUAAAAUGCUUUGUUAGUUGUUACGCUCAUUUGUUAUAAAUAAAUAAUUUAUUUAUUUUGAAGUUAAAAUAUACCUAAAAAAAUAAAAA